AUGUGUAAAUGUAAAAUAUCUAUAUUUCAACUUGCUUUAUUGUAUUUUAUUGAAAUUUACUGUGGUGAUUACGUUGAAUCAAAUAAUUCAAUUAGCUUGGAGAGUGAAGAUAUAAAUGAGGUGCAUAGUACAGAGUACUUAGAUACACUAGAUAAUGAUUUUGAAAAGAAUAAUGCAGUAUAUAAUAAAAAUAGCAUAAUAGAAAAAUCAAUUGAAAGUAUUAGGUUACAAAGAGAAGAUAAAAGACAAGCUUCCAAUAAAGAAACGUGGGAUAAUAAUGAACGUAAAGAGGAUUCUGAUCAAUAUUUACAUGCUAAUACCACAACUUUCAUUAAGUGCCCAUUGAAAAACGACCAAAGUGAAGAGAACAAUGAUAGCAGUGAAGAGAUUGAAUGCAAGAACACUCUCUUAAACCAUCCCUUCUCUGCUUCGAUACUGCGUAAAGGCUCCCAUUACGCUUCUGGAGCUUUAUUGGAUAAUCAGACAGUGCUUACAGUGGCAGCAGAUUUUUAUAAUGUCAGAGAGUCCAUUAAACUCUAUAAAGUGAGACUAGGUUCCGUAAAUUGCAAGAAGGGAGGGAAAUUACUCCAUAUUAAAAGCAUCCAUAUACAUCCCUCGUAUGAGAGCGGAAACCCUGCAUUCGACGUUGCUGUAUUUAAACUUGCUGAACAGGUCAAGCUAACUGAGUAUAUCAAGCCUAUAUUCCUGUCUAAUGUUACACAAAAGGUUAUAAGUGCCAAUUUUAUGACUACUUAUUGGCCGAGACUUAUUGUUCAAGGUAAAACUCUCCCGAAGUCAGCAAAGGAGCGUAUAAAAUACCAUAACAUGAGAGUAUCUACCCAAAAGCUUAUCCCUUGGAAGAAUUGCUAUACACUCAUGGAGUCAACUGGAGUGGAGUUGAAUCAGAACAGUUUGUGUCUGAAGCCUAUCAAGACACACCAUAGUGUCUGCAUGCCCGAUCCAGGAGCACCAGUUUUAGCCGAGGAUGGACUCUGGGGCAUCAGUUCAGGUUGGACGUCAAAGAAUUGCAAGUCUUCACAAAGUCCUACCAUCUUCACUAGAACCUCAUUGAGUCCCGUACGAAAGUGGCUGCAGAAACUGAUGUCAUGAAAUUCGUCUGAAUUAGAGAAACCAAGUCACGUUUUAUGUAUAUCUGAAUAAUGUUUAUCUUUAUUGUGUGAAGAAUGUCUCAAAGUGUCAGUCACUUAAUCUGUAAAAUGUCUUGAAAUUAAUCUUUGCGAUGUGUAUGUUUCUAAUUUCAGGUUGCCUACGUAUAACAUAUCAUGUUUGUAUCUUUUUGUUCAUCUUACAGAAGUCAAUAUAUUUGUAUGAGAAAAAUUGUAAUUUCUUCGCCAAGCUUACACAUUACACACAAAAUAUUAUAUUCCUUACGAUGAACUAUAAAGACGCAACUGAAUAUUUUAAUUUCCUAAAAAUUACAUAUAAAAAUAAUUCGUUGAAUGUGCUCAAGUGAUAGUAAGUAAGUCUUCAUGAUAAUUAAUAAUGUGAUAAUGACCAUAUGCUUGUAAAGGCUCGCUUAUGUCUAUUUGUAUUAAAUGUUUUAGUAUAUAAAAAAUGACGAAUAUGUUUAGUUGAAAACAUACCAAAACUAAUAAUUAUCAAUUUAUGUUUAAAUCGAUUAUAGACAUCUAAGAAACUUGGGGAAAAUGUUGUUAUCUGCAUUAUGCUAUUAAUUUUAGCUCGUGUAAAUAAGUAUUAUGAUAUUAAAGUAUAUUUUUGUAAAGUUGUUUGCAGUUUCUUUUAUUCUGCUUGGAUUAGAAGAAAGAUCUACUAAUAUCGUGAGUAGCGCUUCUCAGGAUUGUUUGAAGGAUAUUUUCAAUAUUCAUAUCGAUUGUAGCUGAGUAGUUUACAACAUCGGUUUUAAUGUGUAGAAUAUCUGAAGUCCCGAGUCUUCAGAUAUUUGACUUCAGAUACUUUGAUUCGGUUUAGAUAGUAUUCUGUUUUUUUCGACAAUGUAAUUACUUAUCGAUUAUGGUUAUGAUGCUCGUUGAAAACUUUUUGUUUAUGUCUUAGACAAAAAUAUAUAAUUUUAAUCUGAAUAUACGUGAACAUAAAAACAGGAAAAAAUGGAGCCUAUUAGUAGAGGCGUAUGUACUGCUGUGGACUGCUUUGGCCUGAUAUAAAGUAAACACGUCAAUUCUUAUGAGAAUAAAUAUCUUUAAACCUAAACUUAAUAACGGCCGGUUUAAAUAGUAAAUUAACUUUUUAUGUCAUUUCAUCUCAAAUGUGGGUGAUGUGGUACAGAUUUCCAUAAUAUUUAUAGAAUAUGUUUUUUUAUUAUAAAACCUGGGAUUUCACUGAUGUAUGUGGUAUUUUUAAUAUUUAUUUACAUUUCUUCUAUAUGUGCAUAGUAUAUCUUACUAGCUGAUUGGUGAUUUUUUUCACUAACGGGCUG